UCUUACCCUCUUUGCUCCUGCUGCUCUCUGUGGAAGCAGACAGUUUGUGAAGCGGGCUCCAUGGACAAGAAGGUGGUGCUGAUCACAGGCUGCUCCUCGGGGAUCGGCCUCAGCCUGGCUGUCCGGCUGGCCUCUGACCCCGGAAAAACAUUCAAAGUGUAUGCCACGAUGAGAAACCUGGCCAAGAAAGAGCGUCUUUUAGAGUGUGUGAAAAGUCUGCACAAGGACACCCUGGAUAUACUCCAAAUGGACGUGACCGACCGGCAGUCCAUCCGGGAUGCAAGAGACAGAGUUGUGGAGAAACGAGUGGACAUUCUGGUGUGCAAUGCUGGUGUGGGUUUGAUGGGGCCACUCGAGGUGCAGUCCUUGGACUCGAUGAGGCAGAUUCUGGAGGUCAACCUCCUCGGUACCAUCCAGACCAUCCAGGCUUUCCUGCCGGAGAUGAAGGCUCAGAGCCAGGGCCGGAUUCUGGUCACUGGGAGCACUGGAGGGCUUCACGGUCUUCCCUUUAAUGAGGUGUACUGUGCCAGUAAGUUUGCAAUCGAGGGAGCAUGUGAGAGUUUGGCUGUCCUCCUGCAACACUUCAAUAUCCAUGUGAGUCUCAUUGAGUGUGGUCCGGUCAACACUGACUUCCUGGUCAACCUGCAGAAGGCGGAGCUUGGGGACACGUCUCUCCAAGAGGUCGACGCUCUCACAGUCAACCUCUAUGAAAAGUACCUGCAGCACUGUGGCUCAGUUUUCCAAAACGCAGCACAGGACACUGAGGACAUUGUAAAGGUAUUUCUGGAAGCCAUCAGGUCACCCAGCCCUGCAUUCAGAUAUUUCACCAGCGGCGAUGUGCCACCUCUCACCAAACUGAAGGUCAAAGAGCCAGACGGCUCGCAGUACAUCAGCGCUUUGAGCAAACUCAUAUUCCCAGCUGAGGAACAAUAAUGCUGCCUUUAUUUCAGUCAAGCUACAACAUGCUUUUGUCUUUCUUUAUAUGCACAGGUUAAUAUCAGUUUUGAUUCCAAGAACUGUGACUCACUUUGGUUACUUAACUGAAAAGGGCAGUGAGUUCAAAGUUUUGUGAGUUCACAGGAUGCAGCGACUCCAUGCUUCUAUUUUUGUCACUUAUCAAAAGUUACAUAAAUUACAACAAUAAAAAUACAUAAAUAUAAAAAAGACCAUUUUUAUGGUUGGUUGAGAAAUAUUUCUCUGGGGUUUUUAGUGACACAGCAUGCAGGUUUCGCAUUCCUGGUGUUUGAUAGUGCUCUAACCACUCGCUCGGCAUAUUUUCACAGGGCUUGGCGUGCUUACUGACAAGAUCUUACCACAUUGUUGAAGGCAGAACACUCCGGGAAGUCUUGUAUGAUUUUUUUGAUUUGCUAUUUUACGAGAAGAGAAAAUACUUCCUCGUUACAAAGCAUGACAUUUAAAAUAAGUUAUGAGUUUCUUCACUGGCGGUGAAAGAGAAAAUGUGCAAGAUUUUUUGUCUAUAGCCUAAAUUAUUUUCUUUGUUGUAUUUCUUUUCUAGUGUCGCUAAACUGCUUGCCUUAAAAUUCCCCUUGAGGGAUAAAUGAAUAAAAUAUUUGAAUUGAAUUGAAAUGUUGCCAUGAUUGCUAUAAAAACAGAGGUAAAGUGUCAUGAUGAGUAUAAGGAAGAAAAUAAACAGUGCUCAAAUCCAGCAUUUUUCCCAUAAUGUAAAUUGGCCUGUUCAUUGAAAUGUCAGAUUAAUAAUCAGGAAAUAUGGUACAAAAAAA